UUUUUUUUUUUUUUCUAAAAUCAAUAUUUUAUCAUGUAUUCAACGGGCGAACACGUGUGGGUUCGACGGGAAGCAGCUACUGUAGGAUUCGAUGUUCCCAAGGACUGUAGGAUAGUCAAAGUCGACAAGAAAAGGAUCCAAGUGAAAGAUGCCACUGGGAACACCGAAUGGAUAACACCCGAAAGAAUCAUUGGGCCUCUAGGCGCGUCAACCACAGGCGUCGUAGACGAUAUGAUUAAUUUGCCUGAUCUACAAGAGUACGCUAUUUUGAGGAAUCUUCGGCAGAGAUACAAGGAGCAAGUGAUUUACACGUACAUCGGGGAUAUGCUGAUAGCCGUGAACCCUUACCGAGUCCUGGACAUAUAUUCCGCAAAGGAUAUGGCCACGUACUCGAAGGAAGCGCCGGGAACCUUACCACCCCAUGUAUUCGCGACGAGCAACAAGUGCUUCGUCGCAUUGAGAAAAUCGCGUCGCAAUCAGUGCAUCCUCAUAAGCGGAGAGAGCGGGGCUGGAAAGACCGAAAGCACGAAGCUGAUCUUGCAAUUUCUCACGGCAGCCAGUGCGGGCGGACGCGCGUGGAUCAAGCAACAAAUCCUCGAGGCCAAUCCCAUUCUGGAAGCGUUCGGCAACGCCAAGACGCACAUGAACGACAACUCGUCGAGGUUCGGCAAGUACGUGAGCAUCCAUUUCGGCAGAGACGACGAGAUCGAAGGGGCAAAGAUCGACUGCUACUUACUGGAGAAAAGCCGUAUGGUCACGCAAGCCAAGUGCGAGAGGAACUACCACAUAUUCUACGCCCUCUUUGAUGGUCUGAGCGACGCGGAGAGGCAGAGAUUGAAUUUGAAAAAAGUCUCGGAUUUUGAGUACCUGCAGCGUGGGGUCGCCGAUUGCAAGGGCAGGAACGACGCGCAGACGUUUGCCGACGUCAAGGCCGCCAUGAAGAUACUCAAUUACGACGAAGGGACUUUUUCCGAGAUCACCACUUUGCUCGCUACGAUUUUACAUUUGGGUAACUUAAAGUACAGAGCCAUCACAGUUGCCCAUGCCGACGCGAUUGAGAUCCAAGAAGGUAUCUGGCUGAAGAAAAUCUGCGAGUUUCUAGGUCUAAGAGAAAACGUCGUCACGGACUUUUUGACCAAAAAGUGCAUACUCGCCCAAGGAGAGAGGGUCAUAAGCAACCUGUCGCUGAGUCAAGCUUGCGAAGUUCGGGACUCCCUCGCGAAGGCCAUUUACGAGAAGAUCUUUGAAAAACUCCUCGAGGACAUCAACAACACCAUACGCAGCCCCAAGAAGCACCCGAGAACCGCGAUCGGUAUCUUGGACAUCUCUGGCUUCGAGAACUUUGGGACCAACAGCUUCGAGCAGCUUUGCAUCAACUACACCAACGAGCACCUGCAGCAGUUUUUCGUGGCCCACAUAUUCAAGCUCGAGCAAGCCAGUUACGCCUCCGAGGGCAUAACUUGGCGCAGCAUCGAGUUCGACGACAACCAAGAGAUCAUCGACCUGAUCGGCGCCAAGCCUCUGAAUAUCAUGUCGCUGCUGGACGAGGAGAGCAUUUUUCCAAAGGGCUCCGACGCCAGCUUCCUGUCCAAACUGUCUCUGAUCCACGGGAACAGCAAACACUUUGUCAGAUCGAGAUCGACCCUGUCGAAAGAGUUUGGGAUCGCUCAUUACGCGGGGAACGUGCGGUACGACGUGACGGGCUUCCUCGACAAGAACCGCGACUGCAUCCCCGGCGACUUUGGCCAAGUACUGGCUGCAUCGACAAACGCCUUUUUCAAAGAACUAUUUUCCAAAAGCGACUUGUCGGCCAACGGCGAUACUGGGAAAAUAUCGGCAACUCUCUCGACCAAGUUCCGCGAGUCUCUCGAGCUGCUUCUGAACACGUUGAGCGAGUGCAACCCUUUUUUCAUCAGAUGCGUCAAGCCAAACGAUGAUCAAGCACCUCAGAUUUUCGACGAAGCGCUCUGCUACCGACAACUUCGUUACCUGGGCCUGCUCGACACGGCAAAAAUACGCCAAGCUGGUUACCCUCGGCGCUACGAUUACACCGAGUUUGUUGAGCGUUUCGGCGCUUUAGCACGAGGAAUCGAACCGUCCCAGAGGUUCAACAGAAAGUUCGGGACGGAAAAAAUCUGCAAGAGCUUCCUGAAUCCGAGCGAACACGAUUAUCAGUUUGGACACUCCAAGGUGUUUUUGAAGGACUACCAGAGCCUCGUUUUGGAAGAAGAGAGAGCCAAAGCUCUGAAUACCAGCGCUCUGGUGCUCCAGAGAACCCUGAGGAUGUGGGUCGGUCGUAACAGGUUCAUGAGAAUGAAAAAUGCGGCAGUGGUUUUGCAAAAAAACUGGAGAGCUUUUAGGCAAAGGAAGACGUAUUUGUUACUGCGCAAAGCGAUUUUUCGCCUUCAAUCUCGAGUCAAAUCGAGACAUCUGGAGACUGAUUACCGAAAAAAACGUCAAAUCAUUGUUUCGAUUCAGGCUGCAUGUCGUCGUUAUAUCGUACGAAAGCAUUGCAAGGACAAAAGGAAACAGUUGAAAGACAAAGGGCGACAAAAUCAAGAUUUCUUCAUCAGUGAGUCUGAAAGUAACAGCAUAAAUACCGCGUUUGAUUUUCUCGACGAUGAACCAAUGAACACAAGGGCAAGAAAGAUAUCCUACGAAAUACACGCAGAUCUAGCUAGGAAAGAUGCCACGGGACAAAAUUCCCCCAGAGUUCCCAGUGAUAUAUGCAAUCAUUGUGUCAUUGUGUCUUACGAGUUUCAUAAAUUUGCCGCUAUUUAUUUCACCAGCGGUCAAACUCCGUACUUUUCUAAGCAUCCUUUGAAACACUCGCUUUUGGACCUCCCUCACAUAUCCGAUCAACUGGCAGCAAUGGCUCUGUCGAUCACCAUAUUGCGGUUUAUGGGUGAUUUGCCAGAAUCGGAUAACGAUUCUUAUCGUGAUAAAAAACCAGUGAUGAGUACCAUUACGGAAUCCAUAUCGAAAAAUUUUAUGAAAACAAGCAAGGAUAAAGUAAUUAAUGAGACGGACCAACAUUUAUUAAGACUAACCAUAAGAAAGAAGAAUAAAUUGAACAACGUCAUUACCGAAGGUAUUGCAAACGACGAGUACGAAACGUGGCUGAGUAAAAAAAGAUCGAAUCUUGAAAAGUUACAUUUCAUCACAGGCCACGGGAUAUUACGUCCCGAAUUAAAAGACGAAAUUUACUGCCAAAUUGUGAAGCAACUGAUCAACAAUCCGUCCAAAUCAUCGUACGCCAAAGGAUGGGUGCUUUUGUCCCUGUGCAUCGGGUGUUUCGCACCCACAGACAAGUUUAUAAAUUACUUGAAAUCUUUCGUCAAAACCGGGCCUUCGGAUUAUGCUCCGUUGUGUGCUAAAAGACUCACGAGAACUUACGAAAAUGGCUCGAGGACCCAACCACCCUGUUGGAUGGAAAUACAGUCGGUCAAACAUAAGCAACCAAUAUCCCUGAAGGUUACGUUUGCCAAUGGAAAUUCGAAAAUAAUUCAAGCUGACUCGGCCAGUACAUCACAAGAAAUCGUCGAAAGUCUGGCUAGUAGCAUAAGUCUUCGAGAUACCUUCGGCUUUUCACUUUUCAUAGCAAUAGACGACAAAUUUUCAUCCCUCGGUUCCGAAAAGGAGCACGUGAUGGACGCCAUUUCUCAAUGCGAGCAAUAUUCCAUGGAACAGGGUUAUCCCGAGCGAGACGAGCGUUGGCGGCUCAUGCUUCGAAAAGAAAUAUUUGCACCUUGGCAAGAUGCUGUAGCCGAUCAAGUAGCCACUAAUCUCAUAUAUCACCAGAUAUGCAAUAGUGUGAAAUCGGGUGAAUAUAGGUUCAAUGAUGAAUUGAAUUUGGCCACUAUUAUAGCACAACAAUUAUUUAUUCACUACCAUUCAAAGUCUUUACCGAAAAAUUUGAAGAACAUUUUACACCUUUACGUUCCUAAUCAGUUACUUCACAGAGAUCCUAAGUCUAUUAUGUCGAGACUGGAAGAACUAGUAGUUGACACUUACCAAAAGGUUUGUAAAUUUGGCGCGAGAGAAUGUGAUUUGUUGAGGGUGAAGGAGGAUGUCGUAACGCAAGCUAAGAGCUCUUGGUCAAUUUUAUUUUCCAAGUUUUACGAAGUUAACAAGAUUUUUGGACCAGAGUUGAACGUCACUGAUGUUGUUGUUGCUGUUAACUCUGCUGGCGUAUUUUUCAUCAAUGACGAUGAACAGAUACUUUUACAACUUUCCUUCCCUGAAAUAUCCGAAGUUACCCAUCAAAAAAAUGACAAUUAUCUACUUCAGAAUUUGACAAUGUCAACCAUACAGAGGGAAGAAUUUCGCUUUCAAAGUUACAAUGCUGAAAGUUGCGCGUUACUCAUAAAUUACCUGAUUGACGGAUUAAAACAAAGAUCAACUUACGUUUUGGCGAUUCAAGAUUACGUAAACAAUGAUGAUUUAAAGUCGUCAUUUAGGAAGGGCGAUAUUUUAAAAUUAACCAAUGGCUGCACUGGUAAUACAAUAAUUACGUCGUCGUGGGCGUUUGGAGAAAUAAACAACGUUAAAAUAAGAUUUCCAUGCGAGUACGUGUACGUUUUACCAGUUUCGCGUAAACCAUCAUCAAAAGUGGUAGAAAUGUACAAAUCAGACUUGACAUCAAAAAUACAAAGUCAUGUGAUGCAAGAACUCAACUUGAACAUCAAAGAAAUAAACCAUCACAAUUUGAAGAAAUUUUCAAAAGAGCACUUUCGGGCCAACGAUAAGAAAUCAACGCCUUCCGUGGCUGGAUUUUCGACGAGGAGCAGCGCAUCCCAUGAGCUAUGGAAACACACUCGAGAACCCAUGAAAGCUCCCCUUUUAGCGGCACUUGCUAACAAACAUGAACUGUCCAAAGAAGCCGUAAGAAUAUUCAGUUAUAUUUUAAAGUACAUGGGCGAUCUUCCUAGUAAUAAACAACGAACUGGUACCGACUUCACCGAUCACAUUUUCGGACCAGCUUUGAAAGAUGCUUUACUUAGCGAUGAAGUUUACUGUCAAAUAAUGCGUCAGUUGACCAUUAAUAAAGUACGGCUAAGUGAAGAACGAGGAUGGGAGCUCAUGUGGUUGGCAACUGGAAUAAUGCCAGGCAGUACAUUGAUUCGUAGGGAGUUGGAAAAAUUCUUGAUUUCUAGAAACAAUGGCUUGACUCAAGCAUGCCUGGCAAGACUGAAAAACAUUGUUAAAAUGGGCUCGAAGAGAAUACAUCCACCGACUAUCCUCGAAAUAGAAGCAAUUAAUUGUAAAAACCUGCGAAUUUUCCAUAAAAUUUACUUUCCAGACGGCACCGUUUCAGCAUUUGAGGUGCAUUCCUCAACAAAAGCAGUAGAUUUGUGCGACGAAAUAUCGAAAACUCUACAGCUACGUGGCAGCAAAGGUUUCAGCCUCUACUUUAAAAUAGCAAAUCGAGUUACUUCCGUGCCACAUGAUUACUACUUUUUCGAUUUCGUGCGGGAAAUAAUGGACUCGCAAAAUGAUGCCACAUUACAGACGGCGUAUCAAGUUCUCUUUAUGAGAAAAAUUUGGGUAAAUUGCCUUCCCGGGCGUGAUAGAAAUGCUGAUUUAAAAUUUCACUUUUAUCAAGAAGCAACAAAAUACUUAUUGGGUUACCACAAGUGUACCGUGGAGGAGGCCAUACAAUUAGCUUCUCUUAUUUUUAUAAGUGCACAUACGGACAAUAAAGAAGAACUAGCUCAAAUACACCUGAAGCUACAUGAAUACGUACCUGCUGAUAUGAUAAACGUCAUGAGCCACAAAAAAUGGAAAAAAUAUAUUACCACAGCCUUCAAUCAAAACAAUGAUCUCGAUCAAGACGAAGCCAGAAUGAAAUUCCUACAGCAAGUUUGCCAGUGGCCAACUUUCGGUUCAUCAUUUUUUGAAGUACGCCAAUCAACCAAUCCUGAACUACCCGAAAGCAUAUACGUAGCAAUAAACAAGAAUGGCGUGAGUCUCAUCGAUGUUUCAACGAAAGAGAUAAUUUUUAUGUUUAGCUUUGCGGAUAUUUCAAGCUGGUCAUCGGGUGAUACCUACUUUCACAUGACGAUCGGUAACCUUAUGAACGGUCGGAAAAUACUAUUUGAAACGAUACUUGGAUAUAAAAUGGAUGAUUUAAUCAGUUCUUACAUUGAUUACUUACAAAGUGGUACAAACAGUAGUUCAUCUUACUGUUGAAAAUCGUGUACCAUUUACAUUAACUCCCAUUAAUUGCAUUGGCUAGCCAAACCUCGUGAGUCUGGUCAAUUUUUUUCGUUUUCUCACAUACUGUGAUGAUAGUUGAAUCAUAACAUUUAUAAUUGUACAUAACUUUCAUUAAUAUAAGAUAGCACACAUUUCGUUGUUGACUACAUUGCACAAGUGAAUAAAAAA